UCAGCGUUUGCAAUAAGUUCUCCAACCGGCCGAUCUUUCAACUCGUUUGUCUUCUCUGCUCGGUUCAGCCCCGACUCAAACUCCACCAUGGUGUCAAUGGGACGACAGAUGCUGGGCUUCGUCCUGGCCGUCAUCGGCUUCAUCGGGACCAUCGUCACCUGCGCCCUGCCCAUGUGGAAGGUCACGGCCUUCAUCGGCGCCAACAUCGUGACGGCGCAGAUCAUCUGGGACGGCUUGUGGAUGAACUGCGUGAUGCAGAGCACGGGCCAGAUGCAGUGCAAGAUCUACGACUCGCUGCUGGCGCUGCCGCAGGACCUGCAGGCCGCCCGGGCGCUGGUGGUCGUCGCCAUCAUCGUCUCCGCCAUGGGAAUCAUCCUGGGAGUCGCCGGAGGAAAGUGCACCAACUUCGUUGAGGAGCCUCGCGCCAAAGUCAGGGUGGCCAUUGCUUCCGGGGUGAUCUUCAUCUGCGCCGGGGUUCUGGUGUUGGUCCCCGUGUGCUGGUCCGCCAACACCAUCAUCAUGGACUUCUACAACCCGGUAAUGAUCGACGCCCAGCGGCGGGAGAUAGGCGCCGCGCUCUAUAUCGGCUGGGCCACGGCGGCGCUGCUCAUCAUGGGAGGGGCCCUGCUGUGCAGCUCCUGUCCUCCCAAAUACGACGCCCCAGAGUAUCCCAUGAAGUACAGCGGACCCAGAUCUGCUGUACCUUAUGGGUACAGCGGAUCUGGCAAAUCUGUGGCCAGAUCCGUAGCCAAUAGCCGGGCAUACGUCUGAAAGCUGAGAAAGACUGUAAAUUAUUGACAUUUGUCUGCGAAAUACCUUCCAUGUGUCUUUCUGAAAGAAAGAAGAAAGAAGAGUAAUUGACCGACUGAGAGGCUGGAUUCUUGAAAGAGAUCUGGGAAUCCUCAGCUGAAGACCUUUUUAAAGAAGAAAGAUGUGGUGUGAGUUCUGGCACUGAGCGCUUUGUUAUCUGAAUGUGAC